UGCCGGCGAGUCCCCUCCCGAGGUAGGAGAGGAGGGUCCAGGGGCGUCUCCCUGGGCGGGGAAGCGCUGCCGGGGACGGCUAGCUCACUCGGCGCUCGGCUGGCCGUCGGGUCCAUUCGGUAGCUCUUCGCCGUACGCACGUCCCGAUUACAAGCAAGCGGGAGGAGGCGUUGAAGCGGCGGCGGCGGCGGCGAGGGCGGCUAUCCGAGGAAUGCGCUGAAGAUGGCGGCCGGCCGGAGAGCGCCCAAGAGCGGCUUGCUGGAGCUGCGAGCGCCGGGCGAGCAGUGGCUGCGCGUCUUGGUGACUCUUUCCGAGGACUUCUUGAGCGUCGUCCCCAGCACCAAGGGCUCCGAGGAGCCGCCGCUGCAGCCGCCGCCCAGUCCCGUGCAGCUGAACGGCGCCGAGGCGUGCGCCCUCGUCCCGGACUCGCUAACCAACAUCAAGCGCACGGUGCGGAUCGUCAAGCAGGACGUGGGGGGGCUCGGCAUCAGCAUCAAAGGUGGUCGGGAAAAUAAAAUGCCCAUCCUGAUAUCCAAGAUAUUUAAAGGGCUGGCUGCAGACCAGACGGAAGCGCUGUUUGUAGGGGACGCUAUCCUUUCCGUCAACGGUGGUGACCUGUCUGAUGCCUCACAUGAUGAAGCAGUGCAAGCUUUGAAGAAGACUGGCAAGGAAGUGGUACUGGAAGUCAAAUACAUGAAGGAAAUCUCUCCUUAUUUUAAGAAUUCCUCAACUGGUUCAUCUGUAAGUUGGGAUUCUUCACCAGGCUUUCAGAAGCAAGCUUCUCCAACUCUUUCCCUGCAAGACCUCAAGGAAGGGAAGACUAUCCCAUUAAAAAUGUGCUACAUAUCAAGGAAGUGUCUUCCAAAUGAUCCAGAAAACAGGUACCUAGAAGUGUGUUCAGCAGAUGGACGGAUCUCCUUGUUCCUUCGAGCAAAAGAGGAAGCAUCUGCCCAGUCUUGGCUCAACGCUAUUCAUAGCAAUGUUAGCAUUCUGUUGCCAAGAGUCAAAGAGGAGCUGAAGGCCUUACAUUCAGGACUUGGCAUUGUAGGAAAUAGAGAUAUCAAGCACAUUGGCUGGCUCACAGAACAGCUCCCAGGCGAUGGGACAAAAAAUAUCCUUGCCAUUCUCACAGAGAAGGAGCUUCUUUUCUAUGGCAAUCUUCCCCAAAACAGAGAUGCUCUGAACAAGCCAACUCACAGAUUCCCUCUUAUAGCCACCAGGCUUGUGCACUCUGGCCCAUCAAAAGGUUCUUUAUUGUACGACUCAGAACUCUCAUUCGCUUUGCGUACUGGAACUAAGAAAGGUGUGGAAACACAUCUGUUUAGUGUGGAGACAAACCGGGACUUAGCCACAUGGACAAGAGUGCUGGUGGAUGGUUGCCAUAAUGCGGCUGAGUGUGUCCAGGAAGUGUCAACUGCCUGUACAUGGAAUGGGAGGGACUGCACCCUGUCCAUCCACAUUGACAAGGGUUUCACCAUUUCCACCCUGGAGCCAGGCCUCACCAAUGUUGUUCUUCUGCAGCAACCCUUUGAGAAGCUACAGAUGUCUUCAGAUGAUGGGGCCAAGAUGCUUCACUUGGAUUUUGGCAGCUCAGAGGGAGAGAUUCAACUAGAUCUUCAUUCCUGUCCCAAAACAAUUGUCUUCAUCAUCCACUCAUUCCUCUCUGCCAAGGUGACCCGACUUGGGUUAUUGGCAUAGGGACGUAGAGCAAACUCUGGAGAGAAGCAAGACUUCGUGCAAUCUAUGCAGUAUAGUUCUACCUUCGUGGUGAAAAUAAAGGAUUUGAAAUGCAAACUGGUGCAAGAACAACAUGGUGGAAAGCAUCCACGGCUUAAAAAACAAACAAACUGUUAAACUUCCAGGACAACUGAAGAAAGCAAAUGGACAGCUGUCCAGAAUUUUCAUCUUAAGACUUGACAACUGAUCCCAAGAUAAGAUAUGACAUCUCCAUCCCAUCUCCUACAUCAGAGAUGAUUCUGGUGAAGGUGUCAAACCAAUCCAAUUUAGCCAUCACAUUAGUGCCUUGAAGAUGAUAUUUUAUAUAUACGUAAAUAUAUAUAUAUAUCAAAUCUGUUUGUAUCAAGGUUUUAUAUUUAUAUAUAGUUCAUUUGCUGUCUUAGUGGCUUUUAGUCUAGGGUUUCAACACUAUUUUAGACCCAAGCUACUACACUGUACUGACCUAUUUGGGAUUAAUCCACUGAACCCAGAAAGAUUUACUUUUAAGUGAAUAUGCAUUGGGUUGGACUGAAAAUUCAAUGAAAGUGCAUAAGAUUUAGCAUAAAGCCAUUUUUUUUACAUGCAGCACACACAAGUUAACUGUCUAAAACCAACCUUUUUUAUUUAUCUAAAAUUUGGAGAUAGUUACAGAAGCCUUUUUUUUUUAAAGGAAACAGCAGGAAAUAACUUUAAUGUUGCUUAAUCUUAGCCCCAUAGUUUUUAUUUGUCAAAUAUUCAGUAACUGGAGGUGCUUUUUUUGACCGGAGGAAGCUAUUAAUUUUAUAAGCUAAAAUUGUGCAUGAAAUUUGUUUUCAUUUUUGUCAGAAUAAAUCUAGAUUGCUGAAGGUGACUAAAGCAAACCUUUUCCAAUUUAUCUUGAAAGUAAUGUUUGGAAUUACUCAUUGAGCUUGAAAUUUAUCAAUUUUUGACACAACAGUGGCUUUCUCAUCUCAAUUUAAUUUUAAUUGGAGUGGCUUUCUAGCUGCCAACUGUUGCCAUGGAUAUUAUCAGUCUAAUCAGGGUCCUAUUGUUUAAUAAUUUUAACUAUAUUAAAACAGCCUACACAACUUU